AUGUCUCAACCCGAAUCCUUCUCUUCCACUGUGGACUAUGAAAAAUUGGUGAACGAUUUAGUGAAACCAUUCGGAUCGGAAUAUGAUGAAACACUUAAAAAGUGUCUAGUGAUGGCCUAUCAGGCUGGAGAGAUGGCUAAUAAUUUUUGUAUUGAUCGAAUGAAUUCUCCGAGUUUGGAAAUUGAAAUCAAACAAGAUGAUUCACCGGUCACCAUGGUUGACAAGAAAGUCAAUGCCUUUCUCAUUGGACAACUUGAACAUCAUUUCAUUCAAUCCAAUAAUAAUAUUAGAAUUAUUGGAGAAGAGGGUGUGAGCACCAAAAACAAGGAUUUCGAAAACAGAGACCUCUCCGAAGGUCUUGUUUUCUAUGUGGACCCCAUUGAUGGUACAAGAGAUUUUAUUUCCAAUAAUGGUGAAUGGGCGGUCAUGAUUGGACUCUGCAAAGAUGGCAGACCUGUCAUGGGUUGUAUUUAUUGUGCAGCUCAAGAUGAAAUGUUUUAUGCUAUCAAAAGUCAUGGUACAUUUGUGAUUCGAAAUAAGCAAAAUUUAUCUAAGGUGCAAUGCAAUCAAUUCAAUCCUGAUGAUUUAUCCACAACUAAAUGUUUAAUUUCUAGAAACAACUAUGAUCAAAUGACUGAAAAUAUCCUCGACGAGCUAGGUGUUCAAAAUAGAGUUCCAUGUGGAAGUUUUGGAAGAAAGGUCUGUCACCUUGUUGCAGGUAAUGGUGAUUUAUAUUUCAACACAAGCUGCAAGAGUAGUUAUUGGGACAGUGCUGCUCCUUCCAUCAUUCUAGAGGAGGCAGGUGGAUGUCUAUUAAGAAAGAAUGGAGAGAGCGUAUUUUUCAAUGGUCAUCGAACUGCCAACGAUUACAUUUUAUUUUGUUGCCCCAUAAGUGUCUCUAAAAAAGUGUUACAAGUGCUUGUUAAACAUGCUGGUGAUAGGGAGUAA